UGUUGUGAUAGUCCCAGCCUCCUCCUGCACCUACUGUCACUGUUUCUAUGUCCUUAACCUGAACGCCACCUCUGUUGACUCUUUCAGUUGCUGUGACCCUGGACCCCAACACUGCCCACCCGAUGCUCCAGGUAUCACCUGACCUGGUCACAGUGCGCUGUGUUAAGGGGCGGGCGAUCACUUCUGUAGACAGAGGGGUUUCGGAGCCCAUCCUCUCAGUGAUGGGGAAGCCACCUCUCAGAGAUGAGGAAGGGAUCACCUCUGGCCGGUGCUACUGGGUAGUGGAGGUGGGCAGCAACUCUGAAUGGGACCUGGGAGUUGCCUCCAACGAUGCGGCGAAGAGGGCCAGGACCACACUGAGACCCGAGGGAGGGGUCUGGUCCAUCGGGUGCCACCAGAAGGUGUUCAGGGUCAACGACGCCAAUUCCAAGCGGAUCUCCAUCCACCCAGCCACCCAGGAGAAGAUCCAGAUGAUCGGCGUAUAUGUUGACUACGGCGAGGGCAAGGUCCUGUUCUGUGAUGACAGCACUGGCUCUCACCUCCACUCCUUCAGCGAUUGGACGUUCAAGGGGGGGCUCCUCCCCUUCUUCAACGUAUCUGCUUCAGGGAACGCACUGACGAUUUGUCCAGUUGUCCAUGUUGCAUGAGUCCGAGUUCAUUGUCCAGUUGUCCAUGUUGCAUGAGUCCGAGUUCAUUGUCCAGUUGUCCAUGUUGCAUGAGUCCGAGUUCAUUGUCCAGUUGUCCAGGCUGCAUGAGUCCUAGUUCAUUGUCCAGUUGUCCAGGCUGCAUGAGUCCUAGUUGCCCUGGCAUCGAGUGUCCUCUUACAAGUUAAUAUCACCAGCAACUUGUCCCAGAUCAGCCACAUC